AUGUCCGGAUUUGCGACGGCGGGUCUCGCGGCCUUCGAUUCCCUUAAGAACAAAGCUUCUCAGAAACUUUCGAGUAUAAGAAGAGGUGGAGGUGGGGAAAAUGCCGGAUACGAGGAGUUUGAAAUGCCGAGCGAGCACAUCAAAGAAAAUUUGGCCUUCGAGGAUGAGACGAUGAGAGGGUUCAAUAAACAAAUCUCACUAGAUGCACUACCGGAACCGGAAAGACCACCCUUGCGCCACAUUGAUACUUACUGUAUGCCCGAAUGUCCCUGUUUAUCCAAGAGGUACACCAUCGCUCUUUUAGCCUGUAUGGGUUUUAUUAUCUCAUUUGGUAUGCGAUGCAAUAUGGGUAUGGCCAAGUUGAAGAUGAGCAAUAGUUCAGAAAAUAUUUUCAAUUGGACUGUGGGAACCCAGAGUGCCGUCGACUCAUCCUUCUUCUGGGGCUAUUUGGUGACACAGGUGCCAGGUGGCUUCCUCGCUUCCCUUUACCCUGCCAAUCGGAUAUUUGGUCUGGCCAUCGUCAUAUCCUCCUUUCUCAAUCUCCUUGUACCUGGCGCCCUCAGUUUAAGUCCCGUCGUCGAUAUGUUCGUUCAAGUAUGCAAGGGCCUAGUCGAGGGUGUCACAUAUCCAGCAUGUCAUGGUAUAUGGAAAUAUUGGGCUCCACCUCUUGAAAGAUCUCGAUUGGCGACUCUAGCAUUUUGUGGUUCGUAUGCUGCUGUUGUCAUAGGAAUUCCGCUAUCCGGUGUGCUAAGUAAUUGGCUUGGAUGGACUGCUUCUUUCUACUUUUAUGGUAUUUUUGGAAUUAUAUGGUAUUGUUUUUGGCUUUGGCUCUCGUUUGAAAAGCCUUCGAAACAUCCGUGCAUCUCAGCGCGUGAGUUACGCUAUAUCGAGGAUUCUCUAGGCCAAGGGCAGGCAAAUCAGCCCAUGCCGACAUUAUGGACAACACCCUGGCGAAAGUUCUUUACGUCGAUGCCUGUAUACGCUAUCAUUGUCGCUAACUUCUGCAGAUCUUGGAAUUUUUAUCUGCUCGUGCUUUUUCAAGGUCGUUUUAUGCACGAGGCUUUCGACAUGCCUGUCGUUGAGACAGGGAUCCUGGGUUCUGUGCCACACCUGCUCAUGACAAUGAUCGUGCCAUGCGGAGGUCUGCUGGCAGAUUACCUGCGCAAGCGUGGUAUCAUGUCCACUACGAACGUACGUAAGCUUUUUAACUGCGGGGGUUUCGGCAUGGAAGCCAUCUUCUUUCUCGUCGUAGCCAACUGUACAACUCAUAGAAAUGGGGCCGCAGCAACAUUAGCUCUUACAAUUGGUGUGGCCUGUAGCGGCUUUGCCAUUUCCGGUUUCAACGUUAAUCAUCUGGAUAUAGCGCCGCGAUACGCUAGCAUUCUCAUGGGCAUGUCAAAUGGAAUCGGCACCAUAGCCGGCCUCCUUGUGCCCUUCUUCGUCGACAACAUUACAAGGCAUAAGGAUCCGCAUAGCUGGCGCAAUGUUUUUGUCACGGCUGCUUGCGUACACUUCGUUGGGGUUACAUUCUAUGCGAUAUUUUGCUCAGGCGAGCUACAACCUUGGGCUGAUCCUUUGACUGAAGAGAAAGCCAGUUGGAAUCCUCUAGAUGAUCUGGCACACAGACGACCUCCCGUACCACCACCACCUCAAGUUAUGCAAACACAAUUUAUCAGACAACCAUCCCUUACGGACAACGAGGUGAACGAUUGGAGUCAGGAAAAACAACCGCAGCAGCAACUGCCACCAGCGUUACCAAACGAUUAUCAGCGGCAAGAAAAACCGAUUUACAAAGACCCGACGAUCAGCUAUGGGGCUACCGAGAUCGGCCAGGGGAAUCCCUUUGUUUCGACGAAUCCCUUUGCAAGCGGCACCGUCAACGCGACUUACAUUCAACCAGCAACCACCGAUGAUUAUACUCAUGACGUCGUGCAGAAUCAGGAAGAGUGGCAGUGAAGAGGCAUGGAAUGGACAUCUUGGCAAACCGGAUCGGGGCUUCAAUUACUUCGACCUAUCUUAUCAACUUUUUGCCAUUGAAGUACAUCCAUGGGAA